AUCUGCAGGUUUCGUGGCUCAUUUGGAAAACGUGAGUUUGUCAAACAAAUAGGCGUAUAUAUCGUACAAAACUGCAGACUAGUAAACUCUAACUCGUUAAUUUUGCCCGCCUAUGAAAAGUUUUUUUUUUCCUUUAUUUUAAUUACCAUUGUACUUUUACUUUCACUCUCUGUAAAAACUGCAGCGGUUGAAGGUCGUUUGGAAAAGGUCUGGAAGUUGGUGUUGGAAAAUGUUUGGACGUUCGUUGAGGAAAAAGCUAUUUGGAGAAAGUACCCCAAAGACAGUGGAGGAAAAACCAGAGCUCCUUGAUAAACCAUGGAGGAAUAUUAUAUGGGACACUGGAAAUCUCAAGCAAUCUGUGCAAAAUUACGCACCCAAUAUCAAAUCAGUGCCUCAGGCUCGGAUUCUUCUAGUUGGUGCGAUUGGUGCUGGAAAAUCGAGCUUCUUCAACUCCAUCAACUCUGUCUUCCGUGGCAAUAUAACAGGCCAAGCCAGAGCAGGAAUCAGUGAAGUCAGCCAGACAACAAAGUAUCGUGCUUACCAGGUGAAAGCGGGUCGAGACGGACCACCUCUCGCAUUCCUGCUGUGUGACACCAUGGGAGUGGAACAUAUUGAAUAUGGAGGGGUGAACAUUGAAGAUAUUGACAGCGUCCUGAAGGGCCACAUACAAGACAAGUACACUGUAAGAACUGUGUAUCUAACCAGUGUAUCUAAUCCUCAAAACACCUGCAGUAUAACCUGUGAGACUUUUCUGUUGAUGUUUUUAGAUGUCCCCCUACUGGCGCUACUGACCCAAGUUGACAAAGCGUGCCCACAUGUGGAAAAGGACUUGAAGAACGUGUACCGCAGCUGCUUCAUAAAGGAGCAGAUCUACAAAGUGAGUGACUGUCUGGGCAUUCCAGUGUCGCAGGUGCUUCCAGUGAAGAAUUACUCCCAUGAGAUUGAGCUGGAUGACACCUGUGACAUCCUGCUUCUCAUCGCAAUGCAGCAGAUGCUAAACUUUGCUGACAAUUACUUUGACAAUUUUAGUAAUGCCACAGAGUAAAGAUGUUGUGAUCAGUGCCAUCAUAUUUCUCUGAUGGUGUUGAGAGCCACUGUCCAAGCUGUUUUGCCCAAUACAAUGUUAGAUUCCUACUCGCUAUACUUACUGUAUGCAGAAAUGUAUUUCUUUACCUUAAUUACACACAAGCUUUUUUUGUAAGUUAGAUUUAAAAUUGUCUUUUUACUUGGUGAUGAAUGAUGUGUGCAUAAAACCAAAGAUAUAAUCAAGUGCACAGUGUAACCCUACACUGGCUUACAUGCUAAGCUAAUAAAAAUGACCUGGUGAUUCUCAACUGAACUGAAG